GUCACGUUGAGGAAGUAAAACGAGCGAGCAGGAGAUAUAUGAAGUGAAGAGGAGCUGACAGUCAUUUGACCAGUGUUACUUCACGGCUUCCUAACCCUCUGAAAACCAUGGCUCAAGCAGACAUUGCACUCAUUGGUUUGGCUGUCAUGGGCCAAAACCUCAUCAUGAACAUGAAUGACCAUGGCUUUGUGGUCUGCGCCUACAACCGAACUGUGUCCAAGGUGCAUGACUUCCUGAAAAAUGAGGCGAAGGGCUCCAAGGUGAUUGGAGCUGAGUCUCUGGAGGACAUGGUGUCCAAGCUGAAGAAGCCCAGGAGGAUCGUCCUGCUGGUUAAGGCUGGACAGGCUGUGGACGACUUCAUUGACAAACUGGUUCCUCUUCUUGAGUCCGGGGAUAUCAUCAUCGAUGGUGGCAACUCUGAAUACAGAGACACAACACGGCGGUGUCGGAGUAUGAAGGCAAAGGGCUUGCUGUUUGUUGGCAGUGGAGUCAGUGGUGGAGAGGAGGGGGCACGCUAUGGACCCUCACUGAUGCCGGGAGGACAUAAAGAGGCCUGGCCACACAUAAAAGACAUCUUCCAGAGCAUCGCUGCCAAGGUGGGAACAGGAGAGCCUUGUUGUGACUGGGUUGGAGAUGAGGGUGCAGGUCAUUUUGUGAAAAUGGUCCAUAAUGGCAUUGAGUAUGGAGACAUGCAGCUGAUUUGUGAGGCCUACCACCUGAUGAAGGAUGUCCUGGGAAUGGACCACGAUGAGAUGGCACAGGCUUUCGACAGCUGGAACAAGACAGAGUUGGAUUCCUUCCUGAUCGAGAUCACAGCCAACAUCCUGAAAUUCCGCGACUCCGACAACAAACAUCUGUUGCCCAAGAUCCGCGACAGUGCCGGACAGAAAGGCACGGGGAAGUGGACGGCCAUUUCAGCCCUGGAGUACGGCACACCUGUGACUCUGAUCGGGGAGGCUGUCUUUGCCAGAUGCCUGUCCUCUCUAAAGGAUGAGCGAGUGGAGGCCAGCCGCAGCCUCUCAGGGCCACAGGGGGUCAAAUUCAGCGGGGACAAGGCUGCCUUCCUGGAGGACAUUAGAAAGGCCCUCUACGCCUCCAAGAUCAUCUCCUAUGCGCAGGGCUUCAUGUUGCUGCGGCAGGCGGCUAAAGAGUUCUGCUGGUCCCUGAACUACGGCGCGAUCGCUCUGAUGUGGAGAGGAGGCUGCAUCAUCCGAAGUGUCUUCCUGGGUGAAAUCAAAGAGGCGUUUGACCGGGACGCUGAGCUGCAGAACUUGCUGCUGGACACUUUCUUCAGUAACGCGGUGCAGGACUGCCAGGAUUCAUGGCGCAGAACCGUGAGCACUGGAGUGCAGCACGGCAUCCCGAUGCCCUGUUUCACCACAGCUCUGUCCUUCUACGAUGGGUACAGACAUGAGAAGCUGCCAGCCAACCUCCUGCAGGCCCAGCGAGACUACUUUGGAGCCCACACUUAUGAACUGCUGUCAAACCCUGGUAAACACAUCCAUACCAACUGGACCGGCCACGGUGGAAAUGUCUCCUCAUCCUCUUACAAUGCUUAAGGAUCAUCUUCACACAACACCAAACACAGAAAAAAAGGAAGAAGAAAAUAUCUGAGAAAAUAAGAAAUGUUACACAUUCCAUCUUUAGAAAAUGCCUCAAUAUUUAAGAGCUAACUACAAAUCCAACUCUUUAUUCCUCUCAAAUAUGUGCUGUUUUAUUUAUCAAGCAUUGGAAUCAUAAAUGAUGUGUGUCGUGAACUCUACACCCUGUGUUUUUUGGUUUAGCGACUUUUAUUACAGUCACAAGAGGCUAAGCAAAAUAAGUUUUGACUUUAUUCUGGAUAUUAUGCUGGCUAAUGUUCACAUGUCAUGUUUGCGCCAGGGUUUACGGUGUUAACACUGGAUUAAGGUGAACCAUUGCACUGUACUGUAUUAGGCUAAAUAAAGAUUGUAAUCCCUUUA